AUGCCUUUAGAUUACGGAAGGAUUAUCUCUCAGGCGACGCAGCGUCGACCCAAGCCGGCCAUUCGCUCACUCCUGGAGUUGGAGAGUCGUCCUGGAAUGAUUUCGUUCUUGGCAGGCAAGCCGAAUCCCAACGGCUUCCCCUUUGAAUCCAUGACAGUGAAACUGAAGCCAAGCGCUGUGAUGUCGACUGAUCCCGCUACGAAUGAACCUAUUGAGCUCAAGAUUGAUGGCGACGAUCUAGAGCGAGUGCUUCAAUACAGCAUUACGACAGGCGAGCCAGUGUUCCAUGAGACCAUUGAUGCGAUCCUGUCUGCUGUGCAUCAUCGCACACGCGGCGAUGGAACGCCUGCUGGUGAAUUCAGCAUGGCAAUUGGCACAGGCUCACAAGAUUUGCUGGCUAAGGCUAGUUUUGCUCUCUUUGAUGAGGGCGAUGUAGUCCUCGUGGAAUCGCCCAUGUACCCUGGUCUGUUGCCCGACUUUGCAUCGCGUGGUGUCCGCACCGUGAACAUUGAACAGGACAGCGAGGGUAUUUCGGACAAGACACUCGAAGAUACCUUGGCAAACUGGAAGACCACGCCAGCUACGGCUGACCUUCCUUUCCCUAAAGCCGUGUAUACGGUGCCUUGUGGUGGUAAUCCAUCAGGUACCACGGCCUCUGCGGACCGCAAACGUGCUAUCCUGAAGUUGGCUCGCGAAUACAACCUGUUGAUUCUGGAAGAUGAUCCGUAUUACUACAUUGCUUUUGAAGGUCUUGGAGAGGACCCAGUGACGCGUCCCCGCAUCCCUAGUUAUUUUGCUCUUGAAAACGAAGAGGCCGACAAAUGGGGCUAUGGAUAUGUACUUCGCUUCGAGAGCUUUUCGAAGAUCAUGUCGGCUGGCAUGCGUCUUGGUUUCGCUGUGGGCCCCACGCCGUUGAUCCAGGCCAUUGCUGUGUACACGGCCACAUCCAACUUGCAUACAUCAGCCCCGAUCCAAGCGCUCGCUGGAUUGCUUUUGAAGCACUGGGGCGUGUCAGGCUUUUUGCACCAUGUGGAUGCCGUAUCGAAGAUGUAUGAGCAUCGUCGUGAUGUGUUUGGCAGCAAAUUGGACGCCAUCUUGGGCCGCGGCACUGAUGGUCAGCCUGCCGUCGCUAGCUGGAAUACCCCUGUGGCCGGUAUGUUUUUCUGGAUUAAACUUCAUCUGCCACCCACACCGGAAGCACCGGAAGGUGACUCCUUUGAAGUGAUUAAGACCAAGGCCGUCGAGGAAAACGUAUUGGCUGUGCCGGGGAACUCGUUCUUCUCAGACCAACGCAGUACCCCAUACAUGCGUGUGAGCUUCAGUUUGAUUGGGGAAGAGGACAUGGAAGAGGGUUUACGCCGUAUUCGUAGGGCUGUGGAAGCGGCUUGGAAAGAUGCGGGGUAUGAUGCCAUUCCACCUCUGGUGUAG